GUACCAGGUCAAGGCGAAUGUCAACCAGUAACUGAUACGCCAUGACACCAAAAGCACCCGAUCAGGUAGCCAUAUUCCUCUACUGCCUGCAUCUUGGUCCCUUGCGCUAGAUGCAAGAUCUAUGGGCACAAGUAAUAUGAUACUUGCUGGUAAGCCAAGCGCAAAGAAGAUGGGGACGAGGAGAUAUGCUGGCGUCGUUCGCAGGGGGAGGUAAUGUCGUAAGACGAGUAGAACGCCUAAGCUGAUCACCAGCAGGGCAACGAGAGAGAAAAUCUCGGAACCGACUGGUGAAGAGACUUCUGUGAUCAUCGUGAGGACGAUAAGGUGAGUACGCCCAUCGGAGUUGACGUUUCGGUAUCGAUAAGAAUCGAAAGGCUAAAUGUUUGUUUGUCGAGGAAUGGGGAUGGGGUACGAAUGCGCGGAGAACCGGAAGCCGACGUCACGCAGCAAAAUCCAAAACCUCGAUCCGUGCAAUCUUGUCAAACAUGACAAACACACCUGGUCAACAACAAAUGAUGGCCGAUCUUGCCCGAAAUGGAGCUGCCGAUGAAGCAAGCAUGUAUGGUUUCACCGACAUGGGCUCUAACAUGCAGUCAAAUGGGCUGUCGACCAGUUAUCAGGACAUGGAUGAAUCUGCCGCCUUGCUAGGAAGUCUGGCUGCGUUCGAGCAUCCACCGAGCAAUGAUGCGCCCACAUCCGUCUCCAACGACCAUUUCGCAAGUCUGUUACGCGCUGCUGAGACGGCUGAAGGAGCAGAGAUAGCCCGAACAGAGGGUAGCCACGAGGAAGAUAAUGCUGCGCAGACCGGACAAUCAGACGCUUAUGGUUUCUUCAAGAGAACGUUUGACCCGGAGCCAAGACCAAAGCGCAAGCGUACGGCGCGCGGGCGUAACUGUGAGGUCGACGCUGAGCAGGAAGAUGGACAUAGCUAUGGUCUCGUUUCCAAUAAGCGGCGAAAGAAGAGCCCUCCUCCAGAAGAUCCAGACCUGUUGGCUCGAGAACGGGAGAUCUGGGGACCCGAAUCGCCCGAAGGUGAAGAGGACAAUACUGUGUCGGCUCCUGAGGAUAGUUUCCAACAACCCCAAGUUAGUACUGCCGCAGCAAGAGCUCUUGGCGUUCACUCGGCCGCAGCGUUGUUCCGACGUCCAUCAAAGGCUUCAAAGAAAUACACACGCCCUCCAAUGUCGAGACUGUUUACCUCUCUGGAAGUAGCAACUGAUCGUUUUAUCGAGAUGCAGAAUGCUGCAAAGAAAUAUAUGCUUGAUGAGAAUUAUCCUCACCGAAGAGAGUGCGUUGGUACCAAAGAGACCGGAGAACCUGACUUGGUGAAAUUGAAGCUUUUUGCAGAAGUGGAGUCGUUUCUAGAGAAUGAGCAUUGGGGUGAAAAGUGUUUCGGUGUGGGCUCGCCAGGAUUUUUGGAAAGAAAGUAUAAGUGGCCCCAGGACAGAAACAAGCUCGUAACAGCGGUCACUCCUCUCUUACGUCGCAUGGUAACGAACGAACGCCAACGGCAGUAUGCUCUGGAGACAAGACAAGAAAAACGAAAGGCAGGCGAGAAGACGCAUAGCAAGCGGAAACGUGAUCAGACUUCAGCUACGCCAUCAGAAGGCACUCCCCUGAGAAAGCGUGGACACCGAGCCAUCUCGCCAUCUGCUGAUGCUGACGUCGACCCAAAGCUGGAUGAGUACCAUUAUAAUGUUGAAGAAACCUACACAGGAGGAGGUGCGGCUGGCAUAUCGGAAUCGCACACUGGACAUGUGAACGAGUUCGCCCUUGGAGAGCCAGACGAAACGGGUCUCAGAUACCACGUAAAUAUCAUCCAGGACGGCCAGCGAGUUAAGCCACAGUUGCUCUUGAACCCAUCAUCAUGUCCCGGAUUCGCUAGCUUGGUUCAGUACAUCCACACCAUCUUGGAUGAUGUUGGCCAAAAGCCCAGCAGCGUCAAGGUCCUGACUCCAGAAGGGAUGAUCGAGGUGGACUCGGAGGAGAGCUGGGAGGUAGCUGUCAAUUCGGUUAAAGAUAACGAUUGGAUGGACGGCGAGGUCAGAUGCGUGGUCGCACUGGUUGAUGAGUUGUGACUGCUUCGGGGCGUGGCCGAGCUGCGGAUUGGUGCCCGAAUCUGUGACCUCAGAAGCAAAUAUUGAGACUGGCGAAUCUACGGAAGAUGCAAGAGUGCAUCCUGCCCGGUCUCAAUAGAAUGUUGAACUUACUGUACACACAAAUUAGCUACAUUGCUCACGAAAUGAAGAAAGAUUAAGAC